GAACCUCCUGUACCUGGUGCCGUUCGAAUAUCGUUAAAAGAACCUAAUAAUUUUGUCGUUCCCUCUUAUUGUAACGGAACAACACCGUGCACUUUUUGGGGUGCUAAUGAAAUACAAUUCCCUUCUGAUGGUGCUGGUGUUGCAUUUAUUACUACGAGAGCGUCCGUAAUUAAUUAUCCUAAUCAACCUGGAUGCAAUCCUUUAAGGGUUUCGUUACCAACAGACCCGUGCUUUUUUAAAUCAACAAACAAUAAUGUAACCAUUGUGCCAAAAUCUUAUAUUGGUGACAUCGAAGACUACACAGUAAGGGAAGCUACGUCUAUUGCGCUUCGUAAUGGGGUGAUGGAUGGAGAACUUGUUUCUUUCAACGGAACAACGAUUAGAAAGAUAACAAAUGCUACAAGAAUGGCAGAGAAUCCCAGUGCUGAUGGUGAUAUAUUUACUAUCCAAGAAAUUCUUACAGCAGCUGGUGCAGAUUUGGAUGCACCCUCUACAGCCCCUGGCGCUAAUAAAGCAGCGGGUGAAACGUAUAGAUCAUCUGGAAUAGUCAUUGUUAUCGUAAUUGAAUAUAAAAAUGUUCAAUUCAAGAAAAAUCAAAUAGCUUAUAAAUAUUUACCCCAAGUAAUUGAUGGAAAUGAGUAUAAAGCUGUAGAAAACAUAUAUAAUGCUACUGAUGGUUCGAUUACGCUUAUUGAUAGACACGGUAUUCGUUUAGUAUUUCAAGAACAUGGAACAAUAGGUGAAUUCCAAUUUGUCGCUCUUCUUACAGCUUUAGUUGCAAGUUUUGCACUUUUUAAAAUUGCCGAGUUCCUAGUAGAAUUGAUCAUGCUAAAAGUAGUUCCAGAAAGAUAUAGGUACCAAGAAGCCAAGUACGCCCUUCGUGUGAGGAGUGAAGAUUUAGGUCAAGAUUUAAAGACUUAA